AUGGCCCAGCCAGCAACCCAGCCAUCCCGCCGAAACCUUCGCAGCCAAGGCGACGCGCUUCUGGACGGUCCCGCCGACGUCGUCACCAACCAACCUCAGCCGACUCCUACUCUCCCCUCCGGCCCAAGCCUCCAGUCCGAAGUCGACAUUAGGCCGAGUAACUUCCAACCUCCUCCGUCUAUUGAUGACACUCCGACUAGUGAACACCACAUCACGACUCAUCAGGAUCUCGUCCACGGUCCCGCUCCCACGGUCGGAUACCUAAUGCAUCAGAACCAAUCUUUGCUGUCCUCGCUCGCCGAGAUGCGCGACGAGAUGCGCUCCCUCCGCCUCAGCCAAUCCCGCGACACCACCCCGGUGUCCCCUCCGUCGCGCCCUCACGCGCCAAAGCUCAAACAUGAAAUGUUUCCCAAGUUCCGUGGCCAAGACAAUGAGGACGUCGACACCUGGGUCACCUCCGUUACUGCCAUUUUCGAGUUCUCCGGCGCCGCCGACACAGACCUGCUCCUCCUCCUCCCUGCCCUUUUACAAGGUUCCGCGCAGCGAUGGUUUACCAACCUCGAGCCAGAGCGCCGCCGGUCUCUGUGCACAUGGUCGCAAUGGUCCGAAGCCAUCCGUUCUGUCUACCUCGGUGCCAACCACGCCUCUCGUUUGAGAAACAAAUGCAUUUUCCGCCGGCUCAAAACUACGGACGGUCUCUCCAAAGACAUCUACCCCGCAGGCACUCCCGACGUCGACCGCAUCGACGAUAUCAUCAACGGUCUCCCCGAGCACAUGCGGAAACUGGCGCGUAUUGACGCCCAGCUCCACCCCAACCUCGACGAUUUCCGUCGCGCUCUCAUCGACGGCGAGUCCUCCAUGCGACCUGAGCUCAAACAAAAUCGCCGUCGCCAGGAUAAGGCCCCUCCCACGUCGCAAAAUAAGCAUCAGCAGCGUGACGAUAAAAACUCCUCUUCCACUCUCUCGUCCCCGAGAACUCCGUGUCGUUUCUGCCAGGGUCCGCACUGGAACCGCGACUGUCCUCAACAGGCAACUGCACCUCCCCGUCCCACGCAGACUAUGGCCCAGCCCAACCCGUCGCCCUCAACUGCCCCGACCUACGGCAACUUCCGUCUGGCUUCUCGCCCCGACAGCGAUAGGCCACUCGGUUUCCGACCCGCGCCAGCCUCCGCUAACGGUACCCCUCUCGGGAGCCGGUCCUCAUCGGUGGAGACAACGUCAGGGCCGAUAAAAAGUAUUACUGUAUCAGGAGCGGUAUCGCUGGGUUCUACAGUAGCGGAGCUGGGCACUGAGACGGUCGGUGGAGUCGACACGUGGAACGCGAGAGGGGCACGCGAGAGGGGAGGAGACUCGAGGAAUGUGGGUAGAGGAGGCUCGCUGAGCCUUGGGAUAAGAGACUCGAGGAGUCUGGUUGGAGGAGGCUCGCUGAGCCUGGGGAUAGGAGUCUCGAGGAGUCUGAGUAGAGGGCGAAGAAGUGGGCCGUACGAACACGGUGUAUCCACCAUAUGGUUAUACACAUGUCAUUGUACGGCAAACAGCAGCGGGAAGAAGGUUGAGAGUCCCCGAAAACCUCCUCAGACACACGAACAGCAGACCACUCUUUCCUGUUUUUAUGGCAAUGAGUCAUGGUAGAAAGCUGCUUCUAGACCAAUUUGCUUGCACGGUAAUCGACACCAGAAAUUGAGAAAAGUUCGAUCCGAAUAGACCGAUGAAACGAAGAGACCGAUAGAAACGGAGGCAUGCACAGCUGGCUACCUGCGGCAAGGGUAAUUAUGGAGGGUAUGGCAGCCUGGACAGCAGCACACCGUCACUUAGAACGGUCUACUAGAGAUACAAACCAAAGAGGGCCUUCAUUAUGAGCCUGGGCCUCAUAAGUCACAGGCGCAUGGCAGAAUUGUGGAGCGUCCAUGCAGACUAGAUGAGCGCAGCAGUGCAUGCAGUAACGAGAUGAUAUCGAGGUGCGACCCCAACCGAGAUCUGGCG